UCUCAUUCCCCCAGGACCUCGCGCUGCCGCUGCUGGCGGCUCAUGAGGAGCCGGGCGGGGCGUCAGCCACCGGCCGCGCGCGGGGCGUCCCGACAGGUGGUGCGCGCAGAGGCGGGCGGGGGCGCUCCAGGGCGGCGGGCCGAGACCUGGGCCCGGGCCGUGCGGGGAGGGGCCGAACGGACGGCUGCACCUGUCGGCCAGGCCCGCCUCAGCUGCAGGAGCUGUCAUCACUCAGCCGGUGGGUGUGGCCACCGCGGCGCCUCUGACCGCGGGAUCCGCGGCGCCGCCCGGCCCUGGCCUGGGGUCUGGAGGACGCGCCUUGGGCCUCCCGGGCUCCCGGCGGGGCUGCAGGCGGCUGUGCUGGGGCGAAGGUUAACUGCCAGCAGCCGGCGUGACUGAGGCGCGGAGGCGCGCGCAGGUGGAAACCCAGGCGCCAGGGGCUGCGGCGAGCGUGGGAGAAUUGAAAUUGGGCGGGAGACGCCGGCACCAUUAUCCCUCAGCGCGGCGGGAGUGGGAGUGAGCGGAGCGUGGGCGAGAAAGGAGCGUGAGCUAGCGGGGAGGAGCUGAUGCUCAGGAGCGCGCUAGUGUUAAGGAGCGCUCGCCCGGCACGCUUUCUGGAGUUAGGGAAGCUUUUAACUAUUUACGAACGUUUCAUUAAUUUUGCAUUAACUUUCCCAUUUAUUUUUUAAAAAGAGGCACCCUUUAAAAAUAGUACUAGAUAAUGAAUAUUCCAGACUGAAUACUUGGCUGCCCUAAUAUAAUAAUAGAAUAUCAGCCGGGCACUGUUGUGAUCCACUAGACUAGGUUAGGCAUUCUCAUCGAGAAUAAGUGCCUUUUAGAGAAGCCUGAUUGGCUCAGUCGGAAGAGCACGCGACUCUUCUUGAUCUAGGUGUCGUGAGUUCGAGCCCUCCCUUGGGUGUAGAUUACUUAAAAAUGUGUAAAUAAGUAAACUUAAAAAAAAAGAAUAAGUGCCUUUUAAAUAUAAGGUUUCAACUCGUAAGGAUAAUAAUGAAAUUAUUAUUCACUUAGGGUACUUAGGCGUGAUUGUGCUUUAACGGUAUUUUCUUCAGGAUACACUUCCUCGAAAUGAAGCAUUGUAUGUUUUGUGGACUUGGAUGUAGUAUCAAGUGAAGCCAUAUCAAAUUAUAAUGUAAAUUAACCUUGCCCUGAAAGUCUGGAGUGUUUUGCCCUAGUCCUACUACUGGAGAAGUGUGCAGUCGUGGGCAAAAAUCAUUUAAGCUCUCUAAACCCCAAUUUUCUUACUCCUGUACUUGGGGAGGGGGUGGGUGUUGAGAUGCCCAGGACGUUAGAGACCUUGCCUAUUUGUUCACUGCUGUGCCCCUAACACCAAGCAUGUGGUAGGCACCUGAUGAAUGUUUUUUUUGGUCACAUGAAGUUCCUGCUAUGCUCCGAUAAGCAUAAUUAGUGCAUUUCCUUAAUUUUCCAACAUAGUUUUUCUUUUCAUAAAACUCUGUACGUUUGGUGAUGAAAGUAGAAGUCAUAGAUUAAAAGGAAGCUUUGUUUUCCUUACUGCGUGGUGAAACUGAAAGAGUACAGUAUGUGGUAUAGUUAUCAGAACAGCCAAUUUUUAAAAAUAGUAUGGGUUAUGAAGGAGAGACUUCCUGCUGGGAAAAAAUGGUAGGCAUUAUCUUUGAAAAGAGAGGAAAUUAACUUAGAAGAAAACUUUGAAAUAUAUUGAGACUUUUGUAACACAAAAAGAAUAUAUGUAUUCACACUGUUAUUCUGUUCUCUUUUGCUGGGCAAUUGUGUCCGUUUGUUGAAACCUAUGCUGUUUCUUUGGUCAACUCCAGUGACUCAUACUUACCCUGUAUAUAUAUAUAUAUACACACACUUGUCAUCUCAUUUCAAGCACACUCUACAUACACUCAGAAGGCACAGCUAGCAGUCGUUUCUCCUGAACAGUGUUUAAGCUAUUACUGAUUUUUCUCUAGGUUCCAAUAAGUGCUAAUAUUAAAUUUCUAAAAAACCCUUUUUUUGGAAAGAUACAAAGUAAAAUAGUAUAAUGAACCACCAUGAAGCCAUCAUCUAGCUUCAUUUCAACCCUGGCCAGUGUCAUUCCAUCUGUUCCCCUAUCCACUCUCCCUCACCCUGGAUUAUUUUGAAGCAAAUCCUGGACAUCAAGGUGCCUAUCACAUGCUUGGUGUUAGGGACAGAGCAGUGAACAAAUAGGUAAGGUCUCUAAUGUCCUGGGCAUCUAAACACCCACCCCCCUUUGCAAGUAUAGGAAUAAGAAAAUUGAGGUUCAGAGAGCUUACUAUUAAGAUUAGUUUUUGUUACUUCCCAAUUAUCUUUUAGUUGGCCUACUGGCUUCUGAUACUGUUUCCGUUUUUAUUUUUUUCCUCCAUGGGAGACUUUUUCAGCCUCACCUUUUCCUGAUUUACUUUUUUUUUUUUUUUUAAAGUUUGUAUAUUUAUUUAGAGAGAGAGAGAGUGAGGGAGGGGCAGAGAGAGAAGGAGGGAGAGAGAAUCCCAGGCAGGUUCCACACUGUCAGCCCAGAGCCCGCAGUGGGGCUCGAACUCAAAAACCAUGAGAUCAUGACCUGAGCUGAAACCAAGAUUCAAAUGCUUAACUGACUGAUCCACCCAGGUGCCCCUUCCAGAUUUACUUUUUAUUCCUAAUGAUUAAAUGAGAAGCAUGUGACUUUUCAUUGGAGCUGGCCUACAAUAUGGCUCUUUGACCACAGUGGAAUUAAAUUAGAAGUCGAUAAUAGAAAACGGGAAAAUUCCUAAAUAUUUGGGCACUGAAUAACACACAUCUAAAUAACCCAUGGGUGAAAGAAGAAACCAGAAAAAAAAGAUUAGAAGGUGUUUGAACUAAAUAAAAUGGAAACACAUCAGAAUUUGUGGGGUACAGCACACAGAAUAUUUAGAGAUUUGUAGUGUUAAAUGUCUUCACUGGGAAAGAAUGGUGUCAAAUCAAUGGCCUCAGCUUCUAAUUUAAGAAACUAGGAAAAGAAUAGCAAAUGAAGUCAAAAAGAGCCAAAGAAAGGAGCUGAUAAAGAAAGGGGAUGAUAAAGAUUGGACUGGAAAUCAAUGAAAAGGGAAAUAGAAAAACGAUUGAGAGAGUCAGUGAAAUGAAAACCUAUUUCUUUGAGAUUUGUAAAGUUGAUAAAUCUCUGAGAAAGAAAGGGAGAAGAUACCAGUUAUCAGGAAUUACCAAUUCCUGAUACCAGUAUCAGAAUGAGAGGUAACAUCACUGCAGAUUCUACAGAUAUUAAAGGAAAAUUAUGAACAGUUUCAUGCCAAUACAUUUGCCAACUUAGAAGAAAUGGACAAAUUCCUUGGAAGAGACAAACUAUCAAGGUAAUUUCCCCAAAUUGGUCUUUAGAUUUGGACAAAAUCAAAAUGCCGGCAGAAGGUUUUUUUUGUUUGUUUGUUUAAAUCAAUAAGCUGAUUCAGAAGUUCUAUGGAAAUCCAAAGGACUGGGACGUCUGGGUGGGUCAGUCGGUUAAGUGUCUCACUCUUGAUUUGGGCUCAGGUCAUGAUCUAACAGUUUGUGAGUUUGAGCCCUGGUUUGGGCUCUUAGCAGACAGUGUGGAGCUUGCUUGGGAUUCUCUCCCUUUCUCUCUUUGCACCCCUGCCCGCCCCCAAAGUAAAUAAAUAAGCAUUAAAAAAAAAAAAAAAAAGAAGUGCAUAGGACCUAGAAGAGUCUAACUUGGGAAAAGAUGAAUGGAGCUGGAAGACUUACACUACCUGUUUUUAAGAUUUAUUGUAGGGGCGCCUGGGUGGCGCAGUCGGUUAAGCGUCCGACUUCAGCCAGGUCAUGAUCUCGCGGUCCGUGAGUUCGAGCCCUGCGUCAGGCUCUGGGCCGAUGGCUCGGAGCCUGGAGCCUGUUUCCGAUUCUGUGUCUCCCUCUCUCUCUGCCCCUCCCCCCUUCAUGCUCUGUCUCUCUCUGUCCCAAAAAUAAAUAAAAAACGUUGAAAAAAAAAGAUUUAUUGUAAAGCUAUAGUAAUCAAGCCAGUGAGAUACUAGCAUCAAGAUAAACAAAUAGAUUCACGGGGCACCUGGGUGGCUCAGUCAGGUAAGCAUCUCACUUCAGCUCAGGUCAUGAUCUCAUGGUUCCUGAGUUAGAGCCCUGUGUCUGGUUCUCUGCUGUCAUUGUAGGGCCUGCUUCUGAUCCUCUGUCCCCGUUUGUCUCUGCCCCUCCCCUGCUGGCAUGCACCUGCUCUCCCUCUGUCUCAAAAAUAAAUACUCACAAAAAAAGAGAUAAAUAGAUCCAUGAAACUGAAUAAGAGACUCCUUAAAUAGGUUCAUACAUGUGGUCAAAUUAAUUUUUGACAAAGACAUAAAGGCAGUUCAUUAAAAAAGGUAGUUUUUUUAAAGUUUAUUUAUUUUGAGAGACAGCAGGAGUGGGGGGAGGGAUAGAGAGAGAGAAGUAGGGAGAGAAUCCCAAGCAGGCCCCCAGCUACCAGCACAGAGCCUGACGAGGGGCUCAAACUCAUGAAACAGUGAGAUCGUGACCUGAGCUGAGACCCAAGAGUUGGAUGCUUACCCACCAGAAAAUGGUAGUGUUUAAAAAAAAUUUUUUUUAACAUUUAUUUAUUUUUGAGAGAUAGAGAUAGAGCAGGUGCGGGGAAGGGGCAGAGAGAGAGAGAGAGACACACACACACACACAGAAUCUGAAGUGGGCUUCAGACUCUGAGUUGUCAGCGCAGAGCUGGUGCGGGGCUCUAACUCACGAACCACAAGAUCAUGACCUGAGCUGAAGUAGGACACUUAACCGACUGAACCACCCAGGAGGCCCGGUAGUGUUUUUAAAUAAUGGGUGGAACAAUUGUAUAUCCAUAUGCAAAAUAAUUAACUUUGAUCCAUACUCUACACUAUAUUUAAAAAGUACCUCAAAGUGGAUCAUAAAUAUAAAAUGCAUAACUACAAAACUCCUAGAAACUGUAUGCAAAAAUCUUUGUGACUUUGGUUAAGGAGAUUAUUCUUAGAUACUAUUCCAAAAGCAUAAUAUAUAAAAGAAAAAAUUGAUACACUGGACUUCAUCAAAAUUGAGAACAUGUGGAUAUCAAAGAUACCAUUAAGGGAAUGAAAAACCACAGGCAGGUAGAAAAUAUCUGAAAAAUCACAUAUCUCAUUAAAAAAAAAUAAGUUGUGGGGCGCCUGGAUGGCUCAGUCGGUUAAGCGUCCGACUUCGGCUCAGGUCAUGAUCUCGCGGUUCAUGAGUUCAAGCCCUGCGUCGGGCUCUGUGCUGACAGCCCAGAGCCUGGAGCCUGUUUCAGAUUCUGUGUCUCCCUCUCUCUCUGAUCCUCCCCCAUUCAUGCUCUGUCUCUCUCUCUCUCUCAAAAAUAAAUAAACAUUAAAAAAAAUAAAAAAAAUAAGUUGUGUCCACACUGUAUAAAAAAAGUCUUUGGGCCUAGAUAAGAAAGCAAAUGAUCCAAUUAAAAAAUGGGUAAAAGAUUUAGAUACUUCACCAAAGAAGGUACACACAGGGCAAAUAAGUGCAUGAAAAGAUGGUUAACAACAUUAGUCGUUAGAAAUGCAAAUUAAAACUACAACAGUGAAUCACACUAUUGGAAUGUUUAAAAUUAAAAAGACUGACCAUACCAUGUAUCCGUGAGGUUAUGGAACAACAGGCACUCUCAUGAGCUGCUGUGGAAGUUUCACGGUGCCAUUUAUUAUGUCGAAGAAGUUCCAUUUUAUUCCUAGUUUCUUGAAUGUUUUUAUUAUGAAAGAAUGUUCAAUAUUUCAGAUGCUUUUUCUGCAUCUAUUAAGAUGUUGUGUGGUUUUUAAUCCUUUAUUGUAUUUAUGUGGUAUACCACAUUAAUUUUCAGAUGUAAACCAUCAUUGUGUUUGUGGGAAAAAUCUCACUUGAUCAUACCGUAUGAUCCUUUUUAUAUGUUGCUGGAUUCUGUUUGCUAGUAUUUUGUUUAGGAUUUUUGCAUGUAUAUUCAUAAGAGGUUUUGGUCUAUUAUUUUCUGGGGAUGCCUUUGUCUGGUUUUGGUAUGAGAAUAGUAUCUGAGAGUGAGUUGGUUAGUGUUCCCUGAACUGAGAUGACCAUGUGGGUUUUUUUCCCCUUUGUUCUAUUCAUGUGGUAUAUAGUACAUUGAUUUUUUUUUUUUUUUUUAAUGUUGAAUCUCUCUUGCAUUCCUAGGAUAGAUCCCAUUUGGUCAUGGUGUAUAAUCCUUUUACUAUGCUGUUGGAUUUGGUUUGUUACAAUUUUGUUGAGUAUUUUUACAUCUAUAUUUGCAAGAGAUAAAAGUCUAGUUUUCUUUUUGAUGUCUUUAUCUGGCUUUGGUAUUAGAGUAAUGCUGGUCUCCUAGAAUAAGUUAGGGAGUGUCCCUCCUCUUACACUUUUUUGGAAGAGUUUGUGAAGGAUUAGUGUUAAUUCUCUAAAUAUUUGGUAUCUGUGAAGCCAUAUGGUGUUUCUUUGGAGAUUUUUGAUUACUGAAUCAAUUUCUUGUAGAAAUCAGUUCAGAUUUUCUAGUCUUUUUGAAUCAGAUUUGUAUCUCUCUAGAAACUUGUCCAUUUCUUCUAGGUUAUCAAAUUGUUGGUAUGCGGUUGUUCAUAGCAUUCCCUUUAUAACCCUUUUUAUUUCUGUGAGGUCAGUAGUAAUGACCUCUUUCAUUCUGGAUUUUAGUAAUUUGAGUCUGUCUUUUUUCCCUUGGUCAACCUAGCUAAAGGUUUGUCAGUUUUGUUGAUCUUUUCGAAAAACCAAACAACUCUUCAUUUUAUUGAUUUUUAUCUAUUUUCUAAUUAUUUCAUUUCUAAUCUUUAUUAUUUCCUUUCUUUUGCUUGUGUUGUGUUAGUUUUCUUUCUGUUGCUGCCUUCUGAUGGAAACUUCGGCUCUUGAUUUGAGAUCUUUGUCAUUUUUAAAUACAGGCUUUUGCAGCUAUAAAUUUCCCUCUGAGCACUGCUUUAACUUCGUCCUGAAGUAUUUUUAAAAUUUCUUUUAUGAUUUCUUCUUUGACUCAUUGGUUACUUAGAAGUGUGUUAAUGUCCACAUAUUUGCGAAUUUCUCAAGUGUCUUUCUAUUAAUUUCUAAUUUCAUUACAUUGUGGUUGGAAAUCAUACUUUGAAUAAUUUCAGUUCUUUUAAUUUUAUUGAGGCUUCUUUUAUGGCCUAACAUAUGGUCUGUUCUGGAGAAUGUUCCAUGUGCACUUGAGAGGAAUGUCCAUUGUUAGAUAAUGGAUAGCUUUUAUUUUGUGUUGUUUUGGACCCUGUUGUUGGUGUGCGCUGUAUGUGCAUAAUUGUCAUAUAUCCCUGAUUGAUAGACUUUUCUACUAUCAUAAAAUAUUCUUUAUCUGUAGACUUGUUUUAAAGUCUAUUUUGUCUGAUAUUAGUUAAGCCACUAGCUUUUUUAUGGUGGCUUUUUGCAUCAUAUGUCUUUUUCUGUACUUUUAAUUUCAUCCUGUUUUUAUACUUAAAUCUAAAGAUUGCCUCCUAUAGAUAGCAUAUUGUUGGAUCUUGUUUGUCACCCAUUUUAACAUUCUGCCUUUUGUUUAAUCCAUUUAUGGAUUUAAUGUUGUUAUUUAUCUAGUUAUAUUUAUUUUACUGACAUUUUACUUAUUGUUUUCUAUAUGUCACAUUUCCUUUUUGCUUCAUUGUUCCUUUUUUCAGCACUCUUUUUUAUUACGUGAAUAUUUUUCCAGUAUAACAUUUUAAUUUAAUGAUGUUUUUCAGUAUCUUUUAAAAAGUUAUUUCUUGGGGUGCCUGGGUGGCUUGGUCGGUUAAGCGGCCGACUUCGGCUCAGGUCAUGAUCUCACGGCCCGUGAGUUCGAGCCCCGCGUCGGGCUCUGUGCUGACCACUCAGAGCCUGCAGCCUGUUUCAGAUUCUGUGUCUCCCUCUGUCUCUGCCCCUCCCCUGUUCAUGCUCUGUCUCUCUCUGUCUCAAAAAUAAAUAAACGUUGAAAAAAAAAUUUUUUUUUAAAGUUAUUUCUUAGUGGUGGUUCUCAGGAUCAAUUUCAGGUUUAUUCUAACUUAAUUCCAGUGAAAUACAGAAAUGUUAAUUCUUUAUAUCUCUAUUUUCUCUUUCCCUUUUUUGUCCUAUUUUGUUAUAGGUCUUAUGUCUAUAUAUGUUACAAACCCAACAGUACAUUGUUGUAAUUGUUAUUUUAUAUAACUUUCUGUUUUUUAAAGAAGCUGAGAGAAGAAAGAAGAGCAAGUAUGUAUUUAUAGAGUUUGUUACAACAGUAUUAACCCUUAAUUACCAUUUCUGAUUGUCUUUAUUUUUUGCUGGGUUGUAGGAUGUCAUCUUGUGUCAUUUUCUUACUCCAAUACAGCUUUGCUCCUACACCUCCUUUUUGCUCUUACUGUCAAAUAUAUUACAUUUAUGUAUGUUAGGCCCACAAAUAGAACUAUGCACAUGUUGUUUUUUGCAAUUGCUUUUUAAGUCAGUUAAGAGAGAUGCUAUUUAUACUAUCUUUUAUAAUUACACAGUUAGCUUUACUAGUGUUCUCUCUCUCUCUCUCUCUCUCUCUCUCUCUCUCUCUGUGUGUGUGUGUGUGUGUGUGUGUGUGUGUGUGGUUAUAUUGACAUCUGGGCUCACUUUUUUGAUUGUGAAGAACUUCCAUUAGUUUUUCUUAUAAGCUGGUCUGCUGUUAACUAAUUCUCCCAGUUUUUGUUGAUCUGGGAACAUUCUUGUUUCACCUUCACUUUUCGAGGACAGUUUUGUUGGAUAUUAGACUCUUGGUUGACAGUUUUUUCUUUUAGCACUUAGAAUAUGUCAUCCCACUGUUUUUUGGCCUCCAUUGUUUCUGUUAACCUUAUUGGUAUAACCUUGUAUGUGAUAAGUGGUUUUUCUCUUACUACUUUCAAGAUGUUCUAUUUGUCUUUCAUUAUUUUUACUAUGAUGUGCUUGGGUAUGGAUCUCUUUGUGUUAUCCUUCUUGGAGUUCCUUGGUUAUCUUCGAUGUCCAGAUUACUAUUUUUUAGCAUAUUGGGAAUUUUAGUCAUAAUUCCAUCAAAUAUUCUUCAAACAUUCUUUCUGACUUUUUUACCAUCAUAAAAUAUUACUGUGGUGCCCUCAUCAUGUAUAUGUUGAUGUGCUUAAUGGCAUUUACAUUUGUCUGAGGUGCUGUUCAUUUUCUUCAUUUUUUUUUCUCUCUGUUCUUUGGAUUGUAUAAUCUCUAUUAGUCUGUUUUCAAAUAGUCUUUCUUUUGCCAGUUCACAUCUAAUGUUGACAUCCUCUAAUGCCUUUUUCAUUUCUAUUGCUGAUUUUCGACUCCAAAAUUUCCAUUAAAAAUUUUUUUUAUGUUUAUUCAUUUUUGAAAGACAGAGACAGAGCACAAGCAGGAGUGGGGCAGAGAGAGAGGGGGACACAGAAUCUGAAGCAGGCUUCAGGCUCUGAGCUGUCAGCACAGAGCCCGACGCAGGGCUCGAACUCAGGAACCGCGAGAUCAUGACCUGAGCCAAAGUCGGACGCUCAACCGACUGGGCCACCCAGGUGCCCCUGGAAUUUCCAUUUUUAAAAAUAAUUUCUUUUUUUAAUGUUUAUUUUUGAAAGGGAGAGAGCUGUGCUCGUGUGAGAGCAUGGGAUGGGCAGAGAGAGGUAGAGAGAGAAUCCCAAGCAGGCUCUGUGCUGUCAGUGCAGAGCCUGAUGUGGGGUUUGAUCUCAUGAACCAUGAGAUUCUGACCUGAGCUAAAAUCAAAAGUCAGAUGCUUCAUUGACUGAGCCACCCAGAUGCCCCUGAAAUAAUACCUAUCUUUAUCAAUAUUGUCUUUUAUUAGACAUUGUCAUCAUACCUUCAUUUACUAAUUUAAGUAAAGUUCUGUUCACUAUUAUGAAUUAUAGUACUUUGAAGUCUUUGUGAAAUCCAACAUCUGAGCCAUCUCACGGGGCCUGUUUCUUUUUCUUUGUAUGACUCACAGUUCCUGUUUCUUUGUUUAUCUCAUAAUUUGUUGUUGUAGAAAACUAGAAAGCUUAGAUAAUAUAUUGUAGUAACUCUUGAUACUGACUAUCACCUGAGUCUAAGGGUAGCUCUGGAGCUUGAAUGACAUCAGGGAGUUGUUCUCCUUUGAGCCACGGAGCUUCUCUUUUCCCUCAUCUCCACAAAUUUCUCAUCUGCUGCAGGUUGCCUCUAGAGUGUGUGUGUGUUGUGUGGCAUGACUUCCACGUGCCUCCCACUUGUUGGUCUCCAGAGGAGGGUGCAGCUGGGAGUCCUCAGCAGCUGGGAGAUGAAUGCACCCUCAGGUCUGUUUAUGAUGACCAACCAAAUGCACACAAGAAGUUUAUGGAAAAGUUAGAUGCUUGUAUCCGUAAUCAUGACAAGGAAAUUGAAAAGAUGUGUAAUUUUCAUCAUCAGGGUUUUGUAGAUGCUAUUACAGAACUCCUUAAAGUAAGGACUGAUGCAGAAAAACUGAAGGUACAAGUUACUGAUACCAACCGAAAAUUUCAAGAUGCUGGAAAGGAGGUGAUAGUCCAGACUGAAGAUAUUAUUCGAUGUAGAAUUCAGCAGAGGAAUAUUACAACAGUAGUAGAAAAAUUGCAGUUAUGUCUUCCAGUGCUGGAAAUGUACAGUAAGCUAAAAGAACAGAUGAGUGCAAAACGGUAUUAUUCUGCUCUAAAAACUAUGGAACAAUUAGAAAAUGUGUAUUUUCCCCGGGUUAGUCAAUACCGGUUUUGUCAGCUAAUGAUAGAAAAUCUUCCUAAACUCCGUGAGGAUAUUAAAGAAAUUUCCAUGUCUGAUCUCAAAGACUUUUUGGAAAGCAUUCGAAAACAUUCUGACAAAAUAGGUGAAACAGCAAUGAAACAGGCACAACAGCAGAAAACCUUCAGUGUUGCUUUGCAGAAGCAAAAUCGUGUACAAUUUGGGAAGAAUAUGCACUUCAAUGGUAGAAUUCCAGAAGAAAGGAAUGAAGUUGAAUUGAAACGUGCAUUUGAGGAAGAGGAUGAGAAUGAAGAAGAGGUCUUAACUGUUCAGGAUCUGGUUGAUUUUUCUCCUGUUUACCGAUGUUUACACAUUUAUUCUGUUUUGGGUGAUGAGGAAACAUUUGAAAAUUAUUACCGAAAACAAAGGAAGAAACAAGCAAGACUGGUAUUGCAGCCCCAGUCAAAUAUGCAUGAAACAGUUGAUGGCUAUAGAAGAUAUUUCACUCAAAUUGUAGGGUUCUUUGUGGUGGAAGAUCACAUUUUACAUGUGACCCAAGGAUUAGUAACCAGGGCAUACACUGAUGAACUUUGGAACAUGGCCCUCUCAAAGAUAAUUGCUGUCCUUAGAGCUCAUUCAUCUUAUUGUACUGAUCCUGAUCUUGUUCUGGAGCUGAAGAAUCUCAUUGUAUUAUUUGCAGAUACUUUGCAGGGUUAUGGUUUUCCAGUGAACCGACUUUUCGACCUUUUAUUUGAAAUAAGAGAUCAGUACAAUGAAACACUGCUUAAGAAAUGGGCUGGAGUUUUCAGGGACAUUUUUGAAGAAGAUAAUUAUAGCCCCAUCCCUAUUGUUAAUGAAGAAGAAUAUAAAGUAGUCAUCAGUAAAUUUCCCUUUCAAGAUCCAGACCUUGAAAAGCAAUCUUUCCCAAAGAAAUUUCCCAUGUCUCAGUCAGUGCCUCAUAUUUACAUUCAAGUUAAAGAAUUUAUUUAUGCUAGCCUUAAAUUUUCAGAGUCACUACACCGGAGCUCAACAGAAAUAGAUGAUAUGCUUAGAAAAUCUACAAAUUUGCUGCUGACCAGAACUUUGAGUAGCUGUUUACUGAACCUUAUUAGAAAACCUCAUAUAGGUUUGACAGAGCUGGUGCAGAUCAUCAUCAACACAACACACCUGGAACAAGCUUGCAGGUACCUGGAGGACUUUAUAACUAACAUCACAAACAUUUCUCAAGAGACUGUUCAUACCACAAGACUUUAUGGACUUUCUACUUUUAAGGAUGCCCGACAUGCAGCAGAAGGAGAAAUAUAUACCAAACUUAAUCAAAAAAUUGAUGAAUUUGUUCAGCUUGCUGAUUAUGACUGGACAAUGUCUGAGCCAGAUGGAAGAGCUAGUGGUUAUUUAAUGGAUCUUAUUAAUUUUUUAAGAAGCAUCUUUCAAGUGUUUACUCAUUUACCUGGGAAAGUUGCCCAGACUGCUUGCAUGUCAGCCUGCCAGCAUCUGUCAACAUCCUUAAUGCAGAUGCUAUUGGACAGUGAGUUAAAACAGAUAAGCAUGGGAGCCGUUCAGCAGUUUAACUUAGAUGUCAUACAGUGUGAAUUGUUUGCCAGCUCUGAGCCCGUGCCAGGAUUCCAGGGGGAUACCCUGCAGCUAGCAUUCAUUGACCUCAGACAACUCCUUGACCUGUUUAUGGUUUGGGAUUGGUCUACUUAUCUCGCUGAUUAUGGACAGCCUGCUUCUAAGUACCUUCGGGUGAAUCCAAACACAGCUCUUACUCUUUUGGAGAAGAUGAAGGAUACUAGCAAAAAGAACAACAUAUUUGCUCAGUUCAGGAAGAAUGAUCGAGACAAACAGAAGUUGAUAGAGACAGUCGUGAAACAGCUAAGAAGUUUGGUGAAUGGUAUGUCCCAGCACACCUAGACUUCGAUUGCACUCAGUGACACCAAAUCUGUGAUUCAGCAUUGAUCUCUAACAGGCACAGGUCAUGAUACAGUAAUUUGGUUGCAGAAUUAAAAAAUGGAGUAGAAAAAAGACACUAAUGAGAGAUUAAACAAGAAACAAUAAAAAUAUCAUUUCUACGGAUUUUUAAAUAAUUGGAUACUAUUUUAUAUGUGGAAAAGGUGACAUUAAUUUUUUUCACUUUUAGGGAAAAAAGGUAAAACAUAUAAAUCAGGUCAAAAAUUGUAUAUGAAAUUGAUUGUAAAUACAUUAGAAAAACCUUAUAUGCCUCUACAUAUAAGUAUUUUUUUCUAUUCAGACUUGAAUGAUUUUUCUGGGUUCUUUUUCAUCAGUAUCCAGUUUUGGAAUGCAAUCAUGUCUGAUAUGGGAGUAUUUCACUGUCAUUUUGUGACUGUUAACUUUUAUUUUCAUCUCAAUAUGAUUUAAGUAGACUAAAUUUUCCAGUUCUGCAGAUUCGGCAGGGGGGUGGUAUACAAAUCUUUAAAGGUCCCUGAAAUCAAACUUGAUUUCUGUAAGAAUAUGAAUUAUUUGUUCUCCUUGGAUGGUUUAAUUUAAUGGUUCUGAAUAUGAAGAAAAGGUGUUUGUAUUUUCUUGAGAUGCAGUGUUGCUGUUGAGCAGGGUUAAUAUUUCUAACUAUAUUGUUUGUAGCUGACCCCAUUCUAGGAUUUAUUUGGUUUGGUUUGAUUCAAGUUAAAAGAAGGCAGGAACGAAGUGGGGUAAGCUACUUGAGGUGCUGCUUGUGCUAGGGUAGAUAUGUUCCUACACACAGAAGUUACCACAGGGCUCAGGUUCCUUUCUUCAGUAGCAGAUCUCAGUACCUGUCCGCGGUAUGGAAACAAGCCAAACCAAAUGAACUCUGGAAAAUCUGAAAUGAACGUACAUUUUCU